AUGGGAAAUACCACGUCUACUCGUGCAGACAACACUGUUCGCACCGAUCAGUUGCUGGGUUUGGAAGUUGUGGUCUUUUGCGGUCCCGAUGAGCCUGAAAUGGAGCAGACAGGUUGCAGACUGAGGCGUGUCUUGUCCCCAAGCAAUACGACAGGCUGUGGAGGACCAAUUGGAAUCAACCACAAAGGAAAAGGUGCCUGGUCUACAAGGGAGUUUAUGGAAUGCAUUUCCAAAAUGGACCCGCGAGACAUUGCAAAGAUCAUGCGGCAGUGCCAGGAAGAGACUGAGGAGUGCACUGGGGCUCAACCCAACAAGUCUUUGCAAGCAACGAGUGUACCCUCAAUGAAAAUCCGCAAUCCUAAGCUCCGGAGCUACAGGAACACAGCCGCUUGA